GCUAUAGCUCAUUCAGAACCAAGAUCUGUGCAGAGAGAUGGCCACAGGGAUCAAUACAAUUCAAGAGGAAUUGCAGGCUUUCGAUGACACAAAAACAGGCGUCAAGGGGCUUGCGGACGCUGGUUUAACCAAGAUUCCGAAGAUCUUCGUCGCCGAACAACUCGAGCUCGAUAACAAUCCCGAGCCUCGUUGUUGGUCUGACUUUUGUAUUCCGAUGAUUGAUUUAACCGGCGUUAACGACAACGGGAGUUUGCGCAGAGAGAUAAUCGAGAAAGUUGGAGAUGCUUGCCAGAAGUGGGGGUUUUUUCAACUGGUGAACCAUGGGAUAGAUUUGAGGACGUUGGAUGAGAUGAUCGAUGGUAUCCGAAGAUUCCAUGAACAGGACUCGGAAGUGAAGAAAGAGCUUUAUAGCCGUGACUACAGCAAGAAGGUUGUUUACAAUAGCAAUCCCGAUCUACAUCGUGCGAGAAAAACGAUUGAUUGGAGGGAUUCUUUAACUUUUAAAAUGGCUCCUCAACAACCUCAACCUCAAGAGUUGCCUCACGUAUGCAGGGAGAUAAUACUUGAUUAUACAAACAAGGUAAAGCAAUUAGCUGGCACCCUGUUCAAACUGCUAUCAGAAGCAUUGGGUCUAGAUCCCACAUACUUGGAAGACAUGGGGUGUAUGGAAGGAUUGUUUUGCAUGGGACAUUACUACCCAGCAUGCCCUGAACCACACUUGGCUACAGGCACGUCCACCCAUGCCGACAGCAGCUUCCUCACGGUUCUUUUACAAGAUCAGAUUGGUGGCCUUCAAGUCCUCCAUCAGAAUCAAUGGAUCGAUAUUCACCCCGUUCGUGGUGCUCUCGUUGUGAAUUUGGGUGACAUGCUACAGCUCAUAUCAAAUGGUAAAUUCAUAAGCGUAUACCACAGGGUGGCGGCUAAAUCGGUAGGUCCAAGAGUUUCAGUGGCGUAUUUCUUCAGAGUAAUUCUGCCCCCACCAAAUCCUUUGAAGAUUUAUGGGCCUAUCAAAGAGUUGUUAUCGGAAGAAAACCCUCCCAUCUACAGAGACAUCACUAUAAAAGACUUUGUCCAUUAUUACUAUGGGGAAGGUCUUGACGCUCCUACACGAUCUCUUGACCAUUUCAGGUUGUCGUAGAGGUAUCAGUGGAUUCCAAUUUAUUUACG